AUGUCCCGCCUGCCCGCGCCCGAGAUCCCCGUCCCCGAGCACGACACUGAACUCGCGGUGGACACGAAGGUCCCGGCGAGCACGAGCACCGGCGAGGUCGUCGAGGAGAUCGGCAUCGACGAGCCCGUCGUGACGCGGAAAGAGCUGUGGAGCUACUACCUGUACUACAACGGCGACAACGGCGUCGGGCCGAACGGCUACUCGAUGACGCUCUUCCAGUCCUGGGCGACCGCGGCCGGCUACGACCCCGUCGCCGGCGCGGGCAGCUCGUGCACCGCGCCCGGCGCCAGCGGCAAGUGCGUUGUCCCCUGGGGGCGCGGCGUGCGCUCCGUGAGCUCGGUCGUGCUCAUUGCGAACGGGCUGUGUUUCGCGGUGAUGACCCUGAUCUUCACGACCAUCGGCUCCGCCGCGGACUACGGCACCUUCGGCCGCUGGCUCCUGCUCGUCGUGACCGUCAUCUGCUGGGCCGCCCAGUUCGCGAGCAUGGCGCUCACCUCCGCCGCCCGCUGGCACACCGCCAUGGCGCUCUACAUGCUCGGCUUCAUCGCCUACGGCGCCACCCUCGUCUUCUACGCCGCCCUCUUCCCGCGCCUCGCGCGCAACACCCCGCGCGCGCGCCUGCUCCGCGACAAGUACGACCGCGGGGAGGUCAGCCGCGAGGAGUGGGAGCGCGAGGAGAGUCUCGAGAAGAAUCGCGUCAGCAAUAUCAGCACGACGCAUAGCAAUAUCGGGUACAUCGCGACGCUGUGCCUCAACCUCUCCCUCCUCCUCCCGCUCGCGAACGACCCGAAGGUGAACAAUUACGUUAUCGUGCUCACGAACGGGUACUGGGUGCUCACCGGGAUCUGGUGGUUCAUCUUCCAACAACCCCGCCCCGGCCCGCCCCUCCCGGCCGGCGAACACUACCUCACGGUCGGAUGGAAGCAGAUCGGAAUGGCAGCAAGGGAGUGGCGCGGGCUGCCGUACACGUUUGUCUAUCUGUUCGCGUUCUUUUUGUUGGCGGACGGCCUGAACACCACCGGCACGCUCGUCUCCCUCUGCCAGAACACCAAGUUCUCCUUCUCCUUCUUGCAGAACACGUACCUCGGGCUCGCGCAGGCGGGCACGAGCACCGCGAGCACGCUCGCGUUCUGGUACGUCCAGCGGUAUUGGCGGGUGAGCACGAAGCGCAUGUUCGUGGUGACGAACGUGGUCACGAUACUCAUCCCGCUGUGGGGCAUGAUCGGGAUGUGGACGGACAAGAUCGGGUUCCACAACGCCUGGGAGUUCUGGUUCUACAACGUCGUCUUCGGCCUCUUCCAGGCGCCGUACUAUGCCUUCUCGCAGACGAUGAUGGCGGAGCUCACCCCGCCGGGGUUCGAUAACAUGUUCUUCGGCCUCUUCGGC